AGUCUGGUACGAAAUAGCCAUUGGUAGAGAUAUCAUUCUCGUAAAUCCAAUGCGCAAAUAUUUUACUGUUAUUGAAUUUUUCAAUAUCGGCAGUCGUAAACCUAAAGAGAGGGCCGAUGAAAGCCGCUUGUGCGACAAAAAUUUUGUUCUCUCUCUGUUGAUUUUAAUACAACUAUUUUGCCGUAGUCUACCGCCAAGCCAAGUUCUUUUGUCUCAUAUAUCUCAUAAAGCGAACCGCAGUUUACCACGUACUGAUAUACUUGUGUUGGCAGUAUGAGCACAUAAAACGGCUAUCAUGAAUCGUGUACGACAAAAACAGCCUCUUUACGAGUACUUCUUGAUUAUAAAGAUGCAAUCUAUAGGUAAGUUAGCUCUGUCACAGAGUUACUAGUUCACAUUAUUAUUAGAUGACAUCCCUGAAGCUUAUCUAGAAACGAUCUAUCCCGUGCGAGAUAUUCCCAAAGAUGAACAGCCCGUGAUCAGCAAUGCAAGCGAAUUUUGUUUCCCGGACAAAAACUCUUUCCCUAAGCUUAAAAUGUCUGAAAGUAACAAGAGGUUUACUUUUACUGUAACUAAACUCGAGGGUCAAAAACGGUUUGGAUAUUGCCGCCGUCAUCUUAUCGGCUUUAAUCUGGCAAUUAAGCGCUGGCCUAUUUGUUUCUGCAUUAUAAGCAGCCACUACUCUCAUGUCUUUUUCUAUAGGAUUCUCGAUGAAUUGAUUAAUUUGGAUACAAAUUCUGUCCUCCAACUGGUCACACAGCUUAGAAGUCGCGAAUUCCCCCUACCAGGUGAGUCUGUUUGCACAAGCAUAACCAUUAAUCCAAUGGUUCAUGAAACCAGAGUAUUCAACUUCGAUCGACCCCUGCAGGACACUUCUCUUUCUGGCUUUGCCGACUUCAAGUUGCUCUUCAAAUACCUCGAUCCGUUCACCAUCGUUGCAAUCAUCAUCGCACUUUUAGCGGAAAGAAGGAUGAUCUUCUUCUGUAAAAAUUUGUCUGUUUUGACGAGCUGCCUCCAGGCAUGUAUCUCUAUAAUCUACCCCUUUGUAUGGCAACAUGUUUUCAUUCCGGUUCUUCCGUCGAAGAUGAUGAAUUUUGUGUGCGCACCUGUACCCUUUGUCAUAGGCAUUAUAGCGAACCUGCUAGGCGAGCUGCAGUCAGUAGCCUCCAGUAUGGAAGAAGUCAUGAUAAUCGACAUUGAUGCUUCAACUAUCUCUCCACCCCCCACUGACAUUUUUUUGCUUCCAGAAAAAAUUUUGAUCAAUUUUCUGUGUUCGGUUUCUAAAAUGAAGCAACUUACAGCUCAUUCCCAACGGAAUGUCUUUUCAGACAUCGAGCAAAAAUUCAAAAGCAUGGUGGACAGCACGAGCUCCAAGUCCAAGAGGAGCGAGGGACAAGAUAACCUGGCACAGUAUAUCCAGGAAAACUUCAGACUCGAUGAAAGGUCAGCUGGAGAUUUAGAGACGCAAGAGAUAGAAGCCAUUAUUAACAACUUUUUUUACGAAAUAUUCAGUCAUUACACCAAAUUUAUUACGGAGUCCUCCUUCGACAGGCAGGGAUUCAUUGAGUACCGCAAAAACUUGAGGCCUUUACUAGAAAUCAUAGCAGGAUCGCAGCUCUUCGAGCAGUUUAUAGUACAGACACAGCUCAUCUUGGCAUCCUCGCGCAAAUCUGGCAAAAAGCUGCCAUUUAGCGAACCUUCACAGCCUCCUUUCAACAUGAAAUCUGACUACGAGGCCAAUCCUCGAGCCUCCAUAAACAUAACUAAGCUAAAGCCCACCGCCAUUGACCUAGACAGCAUUUUUAUUAGAGAAGGAUUUUUAAAGAAGUAUGGUAAAGGAAUCAAAGGAACUGCUUGGGCACGGUGGAAGGAAGGCAAGGACUAUUACAAAGGAUCCGACGAUAAUUCCAAAGGAACGUUUCAGCAGCGCUAUUGGCGUCUUGGCCACAACUAUUUUUCUUAUUACAAAAAGAAAAAUACAAUUUUGCCUGCUGGAGCCAUCAUGCUUAAGCACAUUUCACAUAUCAAGAUAGUUGAAUUUAAAGGAAUCCAAGGAUGUAUGGAAAUUAACACCGAUACACGAAAAUACAUUUUAUACUCAGAGGAUAUAAACAACAUUUUGUAUUGGAUACAUUUAUUAGAAUGGAGAAUCAAAGUGGCAACAAACCAGGGCGCGAAGAAAUAGAUCUUCUCGCAUGUUUUUCGAGCUGCAAUAUAAACCGACUAUUAUAUAUAGAUGUAAUGAAUAUCUCACUCAUUUAUUGUCUUCAG